AUGGGCCAUUUUCAGUCUCCAAAACCAAUAUCAAAUCCAAAAACAGGAUUCGUACAGGCUCGAACUUUGGGAGACAAAUGUUUCCAGGAAAGUCUAAUAUAUUCUUAUGCAGGAAGCGAAGAUUGCUUAUAUCUGAAUAUAUUCACGCCAGAGACUGUUAAUUCUGCGAACAAUACAAAAUAUCCUGUAAUGUUCUGGAUCCAUGGAGGCGCAUUCAACCAAGGAUCAGGAUCUUAUAAUUUUUUUGGACCUGAUUAUUUGAUCAGGGAAGGAAUUAUUUUGGUCACUAUCAACUAUAGAUUAGGAGUUUUCGGUUUUCUAUCAGCGCCGGAAUGGGAUAUCCAUGGAAAUAUGGGUCUAAAAGACCAGAGAUUGGCACUAAAAUGGGUUUACGACAACAUCGAAAAGUUUGGUGGAGACAGAGAAAAAAUUACAAUUGCUGGAGAAUCUGCUGGAGCAGCAAGUGUCCAUUUUCUGAUGAUGGACAACUCGACUAGAAAAUACUACCAAAGGGCCAUUUUGCAGACCUUAAACAGAGUUCCUGAUAGCAACGACCAUGACCGAGACACAGUACCAGUAUUUAAUCCAGUCUUAGAAUCACCAGAAUCUCCAGAUCCAAUAACAUUUCCAUCUGCCUUGGAAAGAAUGAGAAAUGGUGAAUUUCCUGAUGUCGAUGUCAUCAUUGGUUUCAAUAGUGCUGAAGGUUUAAGAUCUAUGGCAAGAGUAACCAGAGGAAACAUGGAAGUUCACAAGACUUUGACAAAUAUAGAAAGGGCUAUACCUAGAGAUGCUAAUAUUUGGAAAAAUCCAAAUGGUAUUGAGGAGAAAAAACUAAUAAAAAUGCUUACAGAGUUUUAUGACCAAGUGAAAGAACAAAACGAUGACAUUGAAGCCUACGUCCAACUAAAAGGCGAUGCUGGUUACCUCCAAGGAAUCUACCGUACCUUGAAAGCCAUAUUUUUCAAUGAAUUCAGAAGGAAUUCCAAUUUGUAUUUGUACAGGUUAUCAGACGAUACGUAUAGUGUAUAUAAAAGUUAUAUCUUGCCCUAUCGAUGGGGUUCCUUGCCAGGAGUUAGUCAUGGUGAUGAUUUAGGAUAUCUAUUUGCAAAUUCGUUGGAUGUUCCUAUUUUGGGAACGACGCACAUUUCUAUACCGCAAGAUGCUAUGCAGACUCUGGAAAGGAUGGUCAGGAUAUGGACCAAUUUUGUGAAGAAUGGAAAACCUACAUCAAACACUGAAGAUGCAUCAUGCGAUACAAAAAGACAUUUAAAUGACAUUUUUUGGGAACCAUACAAGGACGAAGAACCGAAAUAUUUGGACAUGGGAAAAGAAAAUUUUGAAAUGAAAAAUAUUUUGGAACUAAAACGCAUGAUGCUUUGGGAUGAAGUUUAUAGAAAUGAGAAUUUAAGAUUCAGAGUCUGUAAUGAAGAAAGUAUUAGAUGA